CGGUGGUUCAGUCUAUAAAAAGACGACCUCGCGCUUUUCUAUAAGCAUACAGGAUAGGCAUACAGGUUUUGUAUGUUGACACUCGGCAACAGGUAAUCGACUAAGGAUGAAGAGUCGACUAUGAAGCGCAGAGGACUCACGGGGACGAACGCGAGUUACGACAUAUCCUCCAUCAACCACCCAGCACACAGCCACAAGCUCUUCGCCAACAGACAGAAAAUAGUAGUCUUUUUGCUGCCCUUACUCGCUGUCCUGGCGUGGAUGAGCCCCUGGGACGAGAGGGUGGCGGAACAUACUCCCCCUUCCCUAUCAUGGUGGCAGACAACCAUCGUCUAUCAGAUCUACCCACGGUCCUUCCAAGACUCGGAUGGAGAUGGUGUGGGUGACUUAAGAGGCAUCACACAGCGUUUGGACUACAUCCGGUCUCUCAACGUAAGGGCAAUAUGGCUGAGUCCUAUCUUCCGGUCUCCAAUGCGAGACUUCGGCUAUGAUAUUUCAAACUACACUGACAUCGACCCGACUUUCGGAACCCUGGAGGACUUCGACAAUCUCAUUUCAGCAGCACAUGACAGGGGGAUCAAAGUAAUUUUGGAUUUUGUGCCAAACCACUCCAGUGACCUGCACCCGUGGUUUCAACUGAGCCGACAGGGCGUGGCACCAUACAAGGACUACUACGUUUGGACACGCCCAGGGGAACCCCCCAACAACUGGUUGAGUCUAUUCCGUGGUUCGGCGUGGAUGCUGGACAGCGUCCGAGGAGAGCUAUACUACCACGCCUUCAUGGUGAAGCAGCCGGACCUCAACUGGAGAUGUGCUCAACUGGUGGAAGAGAUGGAUAAUGUGCUGAGGUUCUGGCUGAGUCGAGGCGUAGAUGGGUUUCGAGUGGAUGCAAUACAAAACCUGUUUGAGACAGAGGAUCUCGAACCACCUCUGGAGAUACUUAGAGAAGACAUCGAUAACUGGUACUCUCUGCGACACGACUACACAUUUGACUUGCCGGAAAUAGGUGGCGCUGUGAGACGAUGGCGGGACGUUUUGAAUGAAUACGAGGCUCGGGAUGGAAAGGAUAACUGGUACUCUCUGCGACACGACUACACAUUUGACUUGCCGGAAAUAGGUGGCGCUGUGAGACGAUGGCGGGACGUUUUGAAUGAAUACGAGGCUCGGGAUGGAAAGGCAAGGUACCUGGUUGUGGAGACACUCUUCGACAAUGACGUUUCAAAAAGGAACCAAUACUACACCUUCGGUGCCGAUAUGCCCUUCAACUUUGACCUUCUGCGGGUCAACAGGUCAUGCGGAGGUCGAUGUAUUCGACAUUAUGUUGACAGGGAGCUCGGCCAUCUUUCACAAGGCCAGUGGCCGAACUUUGUGGUCGGUAACCAUGACAAUCCCCGUAUCGCCAGCAAGAUGGGUAAAGAUUUUGUGAACGCUGUCAACAUGAUGUUGCUGACGUUACCGGGUACACCCACAACAUACUAUGGAGAAGAGCUGGGGAUGUCGGAUGUCCGGGUACCUUUCGACCAGGGUCAAGAUCUUCAAGCUAAAGGCCAAGGCGAGGAAUAUUUCCGGAAGUACAGUCGCGACCCAUCGCGGACACCAAUGCAAUGGAAUGGCGGGAAACAUGGCGGGUUCACAUCCGGUCGCUUGCCCUGGCUACCGGUCAGCGAGAAGUCAUUAUAUGAGAAUGUGGAGCAUCAAACUUCAUCAGAGUUGUCUCCCCUGAAGCUGUACCGGAAAUUGGCUGCCUUAAGAGAUCAACCGUGUUUCCAAUAUGGCGGCUUUGAGUACGGAAUCGUACAUGACAAAAUAUUUUCAUACAUUCGUUCCGUAGUGGGAGGACAGACCUACCUUGUCACGAUCAAUUUCGGACAUGAAACGUCGAGAGAUAAUUACACCGAAGGGUUGAACGGCCAGAGUCAUGGAGAGAUAUCUAUCACCACAGAAAACAUACACUCUGGAAAAUAUAAACCCGGUGAUAAAGUAAAUCUACAUCAGUUAGAACUUAAACCCGGGGAAGGUUUAAUUGUUAAAAUACGAUAGCAAACAGCUGUCUUAAACUGUCAUCGCUAAAUGGUUGAGAUUAUGAUAGUUUCCGGUUUUUACGUAAUUGUCUCCAGAAAUUGCGGAAAGUGAUCGCGAACAUAGUCUGCAUUUAACAAAACCCCAGGUUCCCCCUCCUCAGGAAUGUUGCAUCAGCUGAAGUGGGCUUGUGCGUGGGUGCGAAUACAACAACCUAAAGUUUCAUUUGUUGGCUGCACUGUUAAAAUGUUCCUUGUCGCUCACCUUAGGGUCUAAACGUGAUUUGGAAUUUGUGUAAAGCGCCACAUGUGGGAAGGACACUAUUCACCUCUCAUUGUAGGUAAUAUAUUCAGAAUGUCUAACAUAAAUGAAGCGAAAACUGACUAUAUAUUUACACUGCUUCUGUUGUCAU